AUGUACCAACAAGGAAAUAAACUAGAACAUAACUUACAAUUGAAACUAAAAAGAAUCUUUGUCUUAAUCUUUCAGGUUUCCCGAGAACGUGGUGAGCAAUUGGCUGUCGAAUAUGGCAUUAAGUUUAUGGAAACCUCCGCUAAGGCCAGCAUUAAUGUUGAAGAGGCUUUCCUUACCCUAGCUAGUGAUAUAAAAGCAAAAAUGGAAAAGCGAAUGGAGGCAAACAAUCCCCCCAAAGGUGGUCAUCAAUUGAAAUCGAAUGAUCAUAGAAAAGCAGAAAGUUGGUUGUCAAGGUGCAGUCUGCUUUGACGAGGUAAAUACAACGAUGAAUGUAGUUUUCUAACAUCUUGUUAAGCUUAACAAGAACUUAAACUUUUUUUAUUGUAAUAAUAAUAUUAAACGAAACAUAAUAAAACAUAAUAAUGAUAAUGAUAAAAUAUAAAAUUUAUAAAAAACCCAUAACAAAAAAAAAAAGAAGCGGAAAAGAAAUUAAUCAUAAUUAAUUAAAUAUAGAUGUUUAAAAAUAAAAGAAAACAAAAAGAAUUAUCGCAAUUUACCACAAAAGGAUUUAAACCAGAAUAAAAAAAACAAGUAAGCAAGCAAAUAAACAAACAAAUAAGCACGAAUUAAAACGACUAUUUAAAGAAAUAAAUUAUAGACAGAAAUAAGGUCAAUAUGAAAAAAGAAAACAAAACAUUAAAUUAAUAUUAAACUGCAUGAUUUGAAAACUAACAUUACCAACCAAUUGCAAUUAAAAAUUACAAAUACAAAACAAAAAUAUAUAUUUAGACGAAAUAAAUUUAAAAAUAAAAACAAGUGUAUACAAGACAAAGCAACAGUUUUAAGAAGAUGUUUUUAUACGAAAUAUAAUUAGUUUUUUUUCAAAUAUCAAAUACA